AAAGAAUAUCGUAAGAAAUCACAUGCUAUAUGGUGACAUGGUUGGGGCAUCCCUGCAUCACAGCACAAGACUGGUAAUUCACUGACGCACUGUCAAAGAGGCUGUACGUGCUUACGUCAUGACGUACGCGGAACUGCGGCCACGUCUUCAAUGAAUCGAAGAGCAACCGGAGGAACAGGAAGUCUUUCACCGACUGCACUUCUGUCCUGCUGAUCAUUCAGAAAACACAACAUCAUGGCCCAGUUUCAGGAAGUGGAAAAACAGUCCAUUAUGCACCCGAAGCCCCCAGGGUUGACUUUGCAUUAUGGAACAGCCGGAUUGAGGACAAAUGCCAAACAUCUGGACCAUGCCAUGUUCAGAAUGGGACUGCUCGCAACACUCCGCUCCAAAAACACCAAAGCCACCAUCGGAGUUAUGGUCACAGCAUCACACAACCCAGAGGAAGACAAUGGGCUGAAACUGAUCGACCCCAUGGGUGAGAUGAUGGCGCCAGCAUGGGAGCACUAUGCCACCCAGCUGGCCAAUGCAGACGACUUACUCACAGUUCUGAAGGAUAUUAUAGAGAAGGAGGCGAUAAACAUGAGCCAGGAAGCUAAUGUGUUUGUGGGAAAAGACACCAGGAGCAGUAGUGCCAGACUAUCACAGGCAGUAUUGGAUGGAGUGUCUGCUCUUGAUGGUCAUAGCAAAGACUAUGGUUUGGUGACCACUCCACAGCUCCAUUACAUGGUUCGCUGUCAGAACACAAAGGGUAAAUAUGGAGAGGCUACACUGGAUGGUUACUACAGCAAACUCUGCCAAGCCUUCAUCCAGCUCACAAAGAAUGCAUCCAACCGCACAGAUGACCAGAAGCUCCUCUCCGUGGAUGGUGCUAAUGGCAUCGGGGCUCUGAAGGUUCGCGAGAUGGAAAGUCAUUUAAAGAAGGAGCUGCAGAUCUCACUGUUCAACGAUGGCAGCCAAGGAAAGCUUAAUUAUCAGUGUGGAGCUGACUUUGUUAAAGUGCAGCAAAAGCCUCCAACAGGUUUUAAAAUGAACCCAGGCGAACGCUACUGUUCAUUUGACGGAGAUGCUGAUCGGAUAGUUUAUUACUACACUGACUCUGAAGGACAGUUUCACCUGUUGGAUGGAGAUAAGAUAGCCACACUCAUGAGCACUUUCCUCAAGGAGCUACUCGAACAGGCUGGCUUAAAUUUGAAGGUGGCAGUUGUACAAACGGCUUAUGCUAACGGAAGCUCAACACACUAUUUGGAGAACACAAUGAAGGUAAUAGUGCGAUGUGCUAAAACAGGAGUGAAACAUCUCCACCAUGCAGCCCAGGAGUUUGAUGUCGCUGUGUACUUUGAGUCCAACGGUCAUGGAACUGUGUUGUUCAGUGAAGCGGCUGAAGAGAAGAUUUGCCAGCUGGCAGAGGAUCCCAACAUCAAUGAUGAGAAGAAGAGAGCGGCUCUUCUGCUGCAGAACACUAUCAAUGUCAUCAAUCAGACUGUGGGUGAUGCCAUCUCUGACAUGCUGUUCAUUGAAGCCAUAUUAGCCAUUAAAGGUAUGAGCGUCCAGCAGUGGGAUGCCGUCUACGCUGACCUGCCCAACAGGCAGCUCAAAGUCAAGGUUGCAGAUCGCAGAGCAAUAGACACAACAGAUGCAGAGAGACGUGCAGUGAGUCCACCAGGAAUGCAGGACACUGUUGACAGCCUUGUGAACAAGUACAAACAGGCCCGGUCCUUUGUGAGACCCUCUGGCACUGAGGAUAUAGUGAGAGUUUACGCAGAGGCAGACACUCAGGAGAGUGCUGAUGCCCUAGCACAUGAAGUCAGCCUUGCAGUUUACCGCCUUGCAGGUGGAGUCGGGGAGGAACCAAAACCAUUGCACUAGACCAAAAGCACAGAAUACUGACCCGUGUCUUAUAUUAUUGGUGCUUCUUUAUGCCGUUCCAACUGAAAGUGUCAGUCUCAUCUAGUGAAGUGCCAAAUUAUUUUAUACCGGUAACUGCAGUAGGUACUUUAUUGUCAUUUUCUAUUUAUCUAAUUCCUUUGACAUGUGAAGAGAUGCGUGAGAAAAUGAGGGGUAAAGGGUUUCUCUGCUACCUUGGCUUAUUCAACCUCAUUCAGUCUCAAAUAGAUGCAAUCAUACUUUAUGUCUGAAAUUCAUGACUUUCUGUGUAAUCUGAAUAAGAUAUUAUGUAUUUACAGUUAACCCAUAAAGACCCAAACCUCCGCCAGUGACCAAAAGCAUCUACUGACCUAGACUGUUUAAUACUUGUUAAUCCGUUAAUCCUAUCAAUGCAUGCAAAUAAUUGGCGUAAAAUACAGUU